AUGGAAAAUUUGCCGACCAUUUGGUCCGCAGUAGAUCCUGCCCCGCAGCAACCUCCGCCCGUUCGUAAUACCACGCCUAUGGUGGCUCAGAAGAAUAUCGCUGUCGCCUCCAACAUUGAUACUUCACUCGAAAUAUACGGUUCCCCAAAAGCAAUCACCGAAUUCCAUCUCUUCGGCAAACUCCCCACGGAAUUACGUCUCCAUAUAUGGGGGCUUGCUUCCCCUCCGUCUAACAUCUUCUACGGUACAUUUGAUUUACCUAGCACCCGCGAUUUGCGUCCCCGCAUACGCCCAACUAAUACUGCUCUGCUCCAGGCUUGCACUGAAGCGCGAAACGAGCUUGUAACUAGCGAACGUAUCAAAAGGUGGCAUCCAACAUACCAGUCGUGCUUCGAUCUUCUCCACAAGCCGGUCAAAGUGGGAAGACGGUAUCCAAACCAAGCAGAGCCUUCAUACUUAAGACCCUGCUUACCCCCUUGUUACAUUAGUCUCAGCUAUGAUAUUGUAUACGUUAGACGUUUGGAAAUUAAUAAUUUAGAAGAUCCUAUUACUGCUCAUGUUAUUGACGUUCUAUCAAAGGUUCCAUAUUUGAUUAUGAAUGGGUAUCCUUCGCGUACUGAAGCAUUUAGAAAAGUCCUGUCUGCCGUCUCAUUCAAGCACACGAAGAAACUCUUCAUCAUGACAUUUACCCACAACGAUAGUAGGCUCAACAGGGCUCGCGAUGAAGCUCAUUUACGUCGUGCGGAAAGGGUCAAUGGAAAGAAAAUAUCUGCGGAAUAUAUCUUUCCAUCCGAUAUCGAAGAUAUGUCGAUUCUGGAUCUUCACGAUGGAAUCAGACCAGGCAGGGGACGAGUGGAUUUCGGCACAAGAAAUUAG